UGCGUGCGAUUCUGUUGCGGUGGGUGUCGUUUUUGGAAAAGCGCGCAUAAUAUCGCGUAUCAAAACGGGAAGAGAGGAAAAAAAAAAGGAAAAAAGAAAACAGAGAACGACGAGAGGGAAGUGUGCACACGGUGUGGAGAGCGGAGCAAAAACGAGCGGUGCAAGUUUCUGAAGCGGAGAUGAGGAGCGGCGUCGCGACGCUAGAGGUGGUGGUUUCGGCGGUGAUGAUGGUUGCACAGCAGCAGCUGCCGCCCGUUGCGUAACACGUUGAGUAACGAUAUACGAACACGAUGGUGGGAAUUCGCGAGCCGCGUGCCUCUGUGUCGACGUCGUCGUCAGCGUCGUCACCAUCGCCAACGUCGUCGUCGUGUGACGUCAGUGCCGUCGCGUCGCGGCGCUAACAUCGGCCAUGAUGUCCGCUAUUCGAUUUUUCGACGCCUCCAGUGCGAUACAUGAAUUAGUUUACAACCGAGUCCCGACCGAGUGCGAAGGUGUUUUAUGCGGCUGAAAGAAUCCAUCGGGGAGGAAACGAUGGUAGGCAUGGCGAACAUGGAGGAGCACGAGCGGAAAGUGGUCAUGGAGUUCUGCCAUUUACUCGAGAAGUCGAAACAACUCUUCAACGGACUGCGUGAUCUGCCGCAGUACGGACACAAACAGUGGCAGGCCUACUUCGGCAGGACCUUCGACAUAUACACGAAGCUGUGGAAGUUCCAGCAGCAGCACAGGCAGAUCCUCGACACCAAGUAUGGUCUGAAGAGGUGGCAAAUCGGUGAAAUCGCUUCGAAGAUUGGACAACUCUAUUAUCAUUACUACCUGAGGACGAGCGAGACGAACUACCUGAACGAAGCGUACUCCUUCUAUGCGGCAAUCCGGGGCAGAGCUUACUACUCGAGAGCAGCAAAGGAAGACAGGUAUUUAUUUACACACCAAUCACACACACACACACACAUCGUGCAUGCACAUACAAACAGUCGGCCGCGGUAAUUGC